AUGUUCUUCAACCUCUACAUUCGAGGUGGCGUCAGAACUGUCAACUGGGACUGCGGCAACAAGUCCGAAGUCAUUGAGGAAGAUGACAAUGACGAGCUGGCUCGAAGAGCCCGCAUCGGGGCUGUGCGUCUCUGCUUGGCCUUUGCGGUGAUGCUGAAGACGCACACUCGACUGCAGCACUCAGGCUACUGCUUCGGGCGCAUCUCUAGGAGGACAAAGUGG